ACGAAUCCGAACUGUCUAUUUCUAAUAACUCUACUCUACUUUACUCUCUCUAGACCUCUAGACUUGAUCUUUAUAUCAAUAUCCGGACAAAUAAGAUCAAUGAAUAGCAAGAAAACUCGCCCUGAAUCCGUCAACGGCGGCAGCGUUCAGAUCGAUCCACCGCAAAUGAUCAUGCCGGAUAUCGGAAAGAAACUCAAGUACGUGAAAAUAGUGUACCAUUAUGUAAUGACUAACUUGUUGACUCUUCUCCUGGCCCCAUUCUUUGUUAUCGUAAUUGCCCAAAUGGGAUACCACGACGUCCACGUGAUUUAUCUUUUGCUACAAUCCAAUCUCGUUACUUUUGUCGUUCUCGCGUCAGGGGUUGUUUGCGGUUCCACCGCUUACCUCAUGACUCGGCCCCGAUCUGUUUACUUGCUCGACUAUUCCUGUUAUAAGCCACCGGUUCAACUCAAGGUUUCCUUUGACAAGUUCAUGGGAAAUUCAAGGUUGACCGGCGACUUCGACGACUCCUCCUUAGAGUUUCAAAAGAAGAUUCUCGAAAGGUCCGGUCUUGGCGAGGAGACCUACCUGCCCGAGGCGGUACACUGCCUGCCUCCCCGCCCUUCCAUGGCCACCGCUCGAGAAGAGGCAGAACAGGUUAUGUUCGGAUCCCUGGAUAAACUGUUUGAGUCAACGGGCGUCAGGGCAAAGGAUAUCGGUGUCCUUGUCGUGAAUUGUAGUUUAUUCAACCCAACACCGUCUCUAACCGCCAUGAUCAUCAACAAAUACAAACUACGAAGCAACAUCCUAAGUUUCAAUUUGGGAGGCAUGGGGUGCAGCGCAGGCGUCAUCUCCAUUGACCUGGCAAAGGACAUGCUCCAACUCCAUCGCAACACUUACGCACUCGUUAUCAGCACCGAAAACAUUACCCAGAACUGGUAUUUCGGCAACAACAAAUCCAUGCUCAUACCCAAUUGCCUUUUCAGAGUCGGUUGCGCCUCCGCCCUUUUAUCCAACAAACCCGCCGAUCGCCGGCGCGCAAAGUACAAGCUCAUUCACGUCGUCAGGACCCAUUGCGGCGCCGACGACCAGGCUUUCAAUUGCGUUUACCAGAUGCAAGACGACAAGGGUAAAACUGGAGUUUCACUCUCGAAAGAUCUCAUGGCCAUCGCCGGGAAAGCGCUUAAAAUGAACAUCACAACUCUGGGUCCACUUGUUCUUCCCUUAAGCGAGCAAGUUCUCUUCUUUGUCAGUGUUAUUGCUGGUAGGCUAUUUAAAACCCGGUUCGGCAGGCCCUAUAUUCCUGAUUUCAAACUCGCGUUCGAGCAUUUCUGCAUACACGCCGGAGGAAGGGCGGUUAUCGAUGAGCUCGAGAAGAGUCUUCAGCUGUCACCGGCUCACGUGGAAGCUUCUAGAAUGACCCUUCACCGUUUUGGAAAUACGUCUUCAAGUUCAAUUUGGUAUGAAUUGGCUUAUACGGAAGCGAAACAACAAAUGAGGAAAGGAAACCGUGUAUGGCAAAUUGCCUUCGGGAGUGGGUUCAAGUGUAACAGCGCCGUUUGGCAAGCAAUCAGAAAUGUUAAGCCGUCGGAUCACAAUCCUUGGGCAGAUUGUAUUUCUAGUUAUCCCGUUGAAAUUCUCAACUAAUUCAUUUAUUAAUUACAUGUAUUAUAAUCUACGAUAAUACGAGUAUAAUUAAUUAAGUUGUUAAUAUGUGUUUAUUUACAUCUUAAAAUUUAAAUAAAUAAUUAAUAGCGAUGAAUGCCACUAUUUAUUUAAUGGAAAUGCUUAAUAUUG